AUGUCGACCAAACUGCAUACUGUUCCUUUCCUUAUCAAUGGCAGCGACCAAGUCAGCGAAAGAGCCGUCGAUGUCGUUUCCCCCCGAAGCGGCGAGGUUGUCCACCGUUACAGCAGCGCUGACGUCAAAGAUGCCAAUGCCGCAGUAGAUGCUGCUGCUGAGGCUUUCAAGUCGUGGCGCAAGACGAGGCCCUCAGAGCGUCGUGAUCUGCUCCUCAAGGCUGCUGAGAUUAUGGAGAGACGGCAGGAUGAGCUACGCGAGUACGCCAUGUCAGAGUGCGGCAGUGAUGCUGCCUGGGCCAACUUUGAUAUCAACACUGGUAUUAGUCACAUCAAGGAGGUUGCUGGUCGUGUAGGAACACUCGAGGGUGCCAUCCCUACUGUUUCGGAUCCCAACACAACCGCUCUUGUCCUGAGAGAGCCAUAUGGUGUAGUUGUUGCCAUUGCCCCUUGGAAUGCUCCUUAUAUCCUAGGCACAAGAUCUGUUCUCUUCCCUAUUGCAGCUGGAAACACAGUAGUUUUCAAGGCUAGCGAGGUUUCUCCCCGAACACUCUGGGCAAUUGCGGACAUUUUCCGUGAGGCAGGCUUCCCCGACGGUGUUCUCAACGUUAUCUUCCACGAGCGAGCCACCGCCGCAGCAGUCACCACGGCCCUGAUCGAGCAUCCUCAAGUUAAGAAGAUUAACUUCACUGGCAGCACACCAGUUGGCCGAAUCAUUGGCAAACUUGCUGGUGAGAAUCUGAAGCCUGUUAUUCUCGAGCUGGGUGGCAAAGCUCCCGCAAUUGUCUGGGAGGAUGCGGAUCUUGACCUUGCUGCCCUGCAAUGCACACUUGGAUCAUUCAUGAACUCCGGCCAAGUUUGCAUGGCCACUGAGAGAAUUCUGGUACACAAGAACGUUAAGGACGAGUUCGAGAAGAAGCUUUCAGCCACUAUUGAGCAGAUCUUCUCCUCCAAGGCCGAUGCCCCUAUCCUUGUUGCAUCAGCACCUGUCGAAAAGAACAAGGCUUUGAUCAAGGAUGCCAUUUCCAAGGGUGCUUCUCUUGUCCACGGAAACGUCGAUGCCGAAGAGACAAGCAAGACUCGCAUGCGACCAAUUGUCAUUAAAGAUGUCACCACUGAAAUGGACAUCUACCAGACAGAGUCAUUUGGCCCUACUGUCUCUCUCAUUUCUAUCGAGACUGAGGAGGAGGCCAUCAAGAUCGCCAACGACACAGAAUACGGUCUGAGCUCCGCUGUUUUCACCACCGACCUUCAGCGUGGCCUUCGCAUUGCUCGUGAGAUUGAGUCAGGUGCGGUUCACAUUAACAACAUGAGCAUUCACGAUGAGAGUGGCCUGCCUCAUGGAGGAGCCAAGUCUAGCGGAUACGGACGCUUUGGUGCGUCUGCUGGUCUCGAGGAGUGGACUCGAACGAAGAACAUUACAUUCAAGAACUAG